AUGACGAGAUUAUCCACUGGUACUCUCGGGAACAAAUCCAGUGGAGACGGGGUGGGGCCUGUAGCUCAGAGGAUUAGAGCACACCCGGUCCCUCUGCCUACGUGGCAUGUGCCGCUCGUCCGGAAAAAUCAGCAGCUCGUAAAAUUUCCCGGCACUCACGAGCGCGUUCACGAGCCUCGCCGUGUGCCUGAAGUGCACGUUCUCGUCGAUCAUCCCGUGCACCAGCAGAAGCCUUCCCUCCAAAUUCCCCACGUGCUGCAUAACCGAGCUUCGCUCGGGCAGGCCCAUGUAUUUCUCGGUGUAGAACGAGUCGUAGCCGUCCCACGAAGUGACUGGAGCACCGGAGACCGCGCACCGGAAAAUGCUCGGAAAACGCGCGAGGGCCAUGGCCGAGAGGUAUCCUCCGUAGCUCCAACCGUAGAUCCCGAUGUGGGCCCGCAUGGAUAG